AUGAUCUUUCCUUAUGAUGGAAUGGUCACAGAACAAGUUAAAUUUGAAUUACAAAACUCUAUUAAUGCUAUUAAUGAACUUGAAAAGCCAGCAGAAGAAUCAGCAAAAAAGAUUGAAGAUUUAUUUCCAAAAGCAAAGCAUCUACAAGAACAAUACAACUCUCUCAAAGAAUCAAAUUCAGAUUUACACGCAAUAAUUGACGAAAAUAACCAAAAAUGUCAAUGGCUGAAGAGGCAAAUUCAAUCAAUGAAUGAAUUGCGAAAUGCAAUUGAUAAUUCUAAUAAUUGCAUGCCACAGACAUCAACAGACAACGUUUCACCCCAAUUAAUUUCUGAAAUUAAAAAUCAAAUUGAACAAAUUUGCAGUAAUCUCGAGAAUGAAACACAGUACUUUGAUGAAAACGAAUACCAAGAAGUUUUGAAUCAGUUUUAUACUUUAAUUCAGAAAGCUGACAUAGAAAUAGAUAUUUUAUCGUCAAUUAGUGAUAAAAAACAUUCACAGAAUACAUAUGAAUCAAUACUUGAUGGUGAAGAACAAGAAAUUAAUGCAGAACUUACAAAAUUUUCAGGGAAUUUCAAUUUUAAUUUUGGAAAUUCUCCAACUCUAACAGAAACAGAACUUCCUAUAGAAGAAACAGAAGCUAGUUCAAUACAAGAUAUAAGAUCACAGAUUAUUUCUUUCAUAAACAGCUUAAAACACUCAGGACAAUUUGCAGAGUCAGUUUAUGACGAUCAAAUAAGUUCUUUCGAAAAUUUAUACAAAGUACUCGAUAAUCAAAAGACUUCCAUUAAAGAUUUGUCCAAAUACGAAGAAUAUUUACUUUCAAGAAUCAGAUCUAUGAAUUCCUUAGGCGAAAUCGAGCCAUUACACAUCAAACAACAUGAAACGGAAGAUAAUAGCGACAUACUUUCACAAUUGACUAUAAAUUUCAAACAAUUUCUCGAUGAAAAUAAAAUUAAUUUAAAUACAAACUUGGAAUCAAUGGAAAAUCAAUUCCUACAUUCCAUAGAGUCAUGCGUAUCAGGAUCCGUGCCAAAAAUCCAAUCUCUUAAGAGACCCGUCGUUGAUAAUUCGAUAACAAAGUUUAAUCACUCAAUUCAAGAACUUAUUGACAAAAGUGGUGAAUACAUACCAGAAGCAGAACGUCUGUCAGCAGCAGAGUCGUAUAAAGCCAUUAUUUCCGAAAAACAAUUUGAUGAUUUUCACCAAAAACGCGAAUCCAAGCAAAAUAACAAGAAAUUCGAACGCCCAGAGUUUGAUACAGCAUUCAUAGAAGACUUUAGACUCACUGUUGCUGAUAAAUUACCGCAAUCAAUGGUAAAUUUCAUUGAAAGACGAAACAAAGUGGAAGAGUUCAACGAUAACGAAUCAGAUGAAGACACAAACUCCAGUAUUACUGAUGUAGAGCCUUUAGGAGAAGAUCCAACACUUGAAUGCGCUUAUAGAUUGAAUGGAAUAUUAAGAGCAGUCAAUGAGUUCGAAGAUCCCGUAAUAACAACUCUUGAUACAUCGUUAUUGAACAUUUCUUAUGAAAAUCAGCCAAUUUCCAUCGAUCCGAAAAAUUUAAUCCAAAAAAUGGAAAAAGCUACUGAUUUGACAACAUACAAAGGUAUGGUUGCAGCUGAACAGGCUAAGAUCUACUCUCAGAAGCUGAAAGAAAUGAAAGUUGUCGACGAAAACGACGAUCCAAACGAACAGGAAGAAAAUCAAGAAAUUGAGAAGCUCACAAAGGAACUGGAGUUUUUGACAACCGAAAUCGGCAAAAAUAAAGAGUUGAAAGCAAAUUAUUUGAAUAAUAUUAAAAAUUUAGAGGAAACAUCGAAGCAAUUGACACAGAAAUCCCAGGAUUUAGCCCAAAAAUUGCAAAUUUUAAGCUCUCAGCCAGUUCCUGAUAUCGAAUCUCUGAAAAAAGAAAUUUCAGAUUUAGAACAGUCAUUUGAACAAGAAAAGGACUUUCAGAACACAACACACAACCUUUUACUUAACAAACUUAAUACGUUAACCAACACCAAUUAA